AUGACGACCACGGUAACAAAGGUACCUCUUCCUAGAUUUGAGGAUUUGCCCUUGGGUAAGGACGAUCCUCCGUUCUCUGCUUGGGGGCUCUGGGAAAAUUCACAGCUGGGAGCACUCAACUACUUAACAAAUGAAGUCGUCCGGAAGACUGCGAAAGAAGAAAUUCAGACAGGAAUUCGUGUUGGUUUGAAUUUACCUUUGGACUACGUGAAGCCAGCGCUACUCGGCCGAGUCGCUUUUGAACACACAAUGAUCAACAAGGCCCCGCGGGUCAUCAACGAUGAUAUUGUAAUUCACCACCUCCCUGGUCACGGCAUUGCUGAUCGGCUACAGAUAACGUUCAACACACAGGGAAGUGCCCAGUGGGAUAGCUUUCGACAUUUCGCUUAUCAAGCGGAAAAGAAGUUUUAUAAUGGAGUGACUCAAGACGAUAUAUACGCUUCCGAGGACACCACUGUGAACGGCAUCGAUGCAUGGGCAGCCAAGGGGAUUGCGGGCAGGGGAGUCUUGGUCGAUUACUUCUCUUGGGCCAACGAGAAUGGUAAAGGAUAUGACGCGACCCAAGCCCAUGCGAUUUCUCUAGACGAUAUCAAGAUCAUUAUAAAAGAGAAGAACAUCAAUCUGCAGACCGGGGAUAUUUUUAUGCUUCGAACUGGAUAUACCUCUGCGUAUGGACAACUAAGCUCAGAAGCCAAAGAGGAGCACAAAACUUCACACAGCUGGCCUGGAAUCGCCCAAUCAUCCGAGACCGUGAAGUGGCUGUGGGAAAAUCAGUUUGCGGCCGUGGCAGCCGACAACCCUGCUUUUGAUUGCGUCCCUCCCGUCGAUCCCAAGUACUUCCUACAUCCAAUCCUCUUGGCAGGCUGGGGCACCACAAUCGGGGAACUCUUUGACCUCGAUGCCCUUGCACAGACAUGUAAGGAGCUGAAUCGCUGGACCUUCUUUCUCUCUUCUGCUCCACUGAACUAUACAGGGGUGGUUGCAUCACCGCCCAAUGUUCUUGCUUUCUUCUAA